AGCGACCUGGUGUCUAGUUACGAUAGUUUGGAUUGAGCUUCAUCCCUGCUGUCUUUUUCUUUCGUGAUCAUGACCCCGUGCAUCUUUAUCGCAGCGGAUUUUUACGCGCUUCAAAUUAAACACCUGCUUCUUCGCCUAUCUUUCUCGCUACAGCUAAGAGCGUCUUGACGUUAAGUGCCUUUUCCUUUCACUUUUCGAUACUGGCUUCAUCGCAAAAUAAAUCAUGGUUCUGGGUCGGUUCGCAGCUGCCUUUAGCCGCAGCGGCAGACAAGCCGUGACGAAGGCAGCGACGACGAUAGUGAGCAAUAACGCAGCGAGUUCUACCACGAAGCCGCGGUCGUUUCAUCUCGGUAACAUUUUUUCCCGUAAUAAACCAGCGACAAGUUCCACUGGCACGUCAGGAGCUGCCACUGAGCUCCAGCCACAAUCCGGCGGUUUCAUUUCUAGACGAUUACGCGGCAACAGCCCAGCAGCGACUAGCGCUUCAAUUAGCAACGCAAAGCGGGCAGGCGGAUAUCUCGGGAACAUUUUUGCGUCCUCAAAAGGUUCCGCCGGCAAUGGAGCAUCAAACUCAGCCGGCUCCUCAGCCACGACAAGUGGCAGCGCAACUACGAGUAGAUCCAGGCUGAAUCGAAGACAUCAGCGAAACGGUGCCACAAGUGGCGGUGGAGGUUCAAAUCAGCCCCCGACGCAGAUCGUUCGCGUCGAAGCCGGCAACUCGGGGCCGAAGCACACACUGAUUUACCGAAUCGUCCGCGAUUCCGCGAUCAUCGGUUUGGUGAUUCUGGCGAUCAUUAAACUGGUAAACGCGUACAGCGAGGCGAAGGCUUACUUGAGAAAGGAGAAGAAGCGACGGGAAAAAAUGCGAAAAUUGUUCUUGAAUGAGAACAAAUUAGGGAACCGGGCGGAAAACCCAAUCGACGUCAAUUUCUUCCAACGACGGGCGAACGUCGUGGCGUAUUGCUGGCUCCCAGACUCGCUGCUCGGAGGUGGUAGUCAAAACGCGCAAUUGGAUGGGGGUGGAAGCGGGGGCAAUCUGGCACUGGUCGCCGGCGGCGCCAAUCCAAUUCCGACGUUCAGCCUUCCAUCUGCGGUGUCGCUACAGCCCCUGGAAGACAGACCGGCGGCUCUGGGCGGCGCAGCGUCCUCGGGAGGUUCGACAGCUGGUGGAUCCUCCUCGUCGUCGAGCAGCGGUUCGAGUAGCAAUCAAAACAACUCCAUUGCAGCGAAGUCAACGAGUGGCGAGCAGAAAAGCUCUUCUUUCUUCCCGAAAAGCAUCACCAGCGCCUUCUACUCCAUUACUGGGACGAAGAAAAGUUCCGACUCAGAUUCUGAAUCUGAAGCUUCUGAUGAGGAGGAUGCGAGCUCGUCUACCACUGCGUCAAGUACGCCGAAUAACAACGCUGCGGCUGCGUCCACAUCAAGUAGUACUGCCUCGGCCACAUCUUCUGCAUCAGAUGUGAGUGGCAACGACAGCACACUCCAGCCGAUAGAUUUACUGGAGCUUUUUCAGGGCAAGGAGAACAUGGGCGCGGUGGAUUUGUCACUCCAUGUGGAGAACCAAUUCGUUGACCCGAAUGGAGGAGCUGUGGCGCAAAAUAGUAGCCAAAACAAGUCCAGCGAGGUGCAGCUCGUCCUCUGCUCCGGUUCGCACCACUCGCGCUUUCUUAGCCCGGACGGAACACAUGUCUUGUCCUUGGCGGAGCACCCGGCCAGUAGUGCCGACGAGGCAGCAGGAGCGGAAAGUAAGAACGGCAGCUCUAGUAGUAGCAGCAACGAGUGUAUCUGCGACGUCUGCUACCAUACUGUGCCGGUGGGGAAGACAACCCUUCGUUGCAGACACAGUGACUUCGACGUUUGUGAAAGCUGUGCGAAAAAAACCGCGACCAACGGCUACGAGAAGGUCUACGCGACCUUGGCAGGAAUAAAGCUGCAGACUUUCAAGAAUUUGGGGAAGAAGAAAAAACCUAGUACAGAGCAGGAGAACGCUGCGGGUGCUGGUGCUGUUUCCGCAGCAACGAACCAAGCAGAGACAUCGACAACCUCGAAAGAGGACGCCCAAGACCAAGCGCUCGAGUACUUCAGCAUGCCCAAGGAGGUAGCGAAACAAGCACAAGAGCUGAAGCAGCAGGUCGCGCAACAGGAAGAAAAGGAGAACCUCAAAAAGGCCUCAGCAUCUUCCUCUUCCACGCAACAAAGUACAACUCCAAACCCCGACGACAACACCCCAGAUAACGACGAGGACCCCAACAAGAACAAGCAGCACCCGGUCAUCGAGGAGCUGACCAACAGAGUGCAAAAUCUGAAGGAAAAAGUCGCGAAUUUCUUCGCGCUCCUCGGCGACUCGAACAGCUGGAAUUCCGCGUUACUGAACACUCUCGACCUCGGGUCGGACGACGCUAGUUCCUUCUUCGACACAGCAAGCGAUUCUUUCUCGAACUUAUCCUGUGCAAAAGUAUUGUACUCGUAUAGAUGCAUUACAAAUUUCCUCAGCGUGACCGUGAGAAAUAAAAUUUGUGAUGCUGAUUUACCUUAAGGAAAAGAUUUGUAAUGCAUGACUGCCUGACGAAGACGAGUGCGAUACUUUUGCAGUUCAUAAACCUUCGACGACGACGAUGACGACCCAGCCUCCAGCUUCAACCGCGCACUGUUUAUCCUGUGCAAAAGUAUCGUACUCGUAUUGCAAGUCUUGCAUUACAAAUCUUUUUGUUAACUCAAAUCCGCAUUACAAAUUUUAUCUCUCAUGCUGGGGAAGUUUGUCAUGCAUUUAUACGAGUACGAUACUUUUUCAGUUCAUACUGUUUGAGGAGCAACAGUCCCGGUCUUUGUCCAUGCCGAAGCAGUUCAAGGUGCAGCGGAACGUGAAAACGAAGUUCAAGGACGUGAUUGGGCAGGAAAUCGCGUUGGAAAAAAUGAAGGAGUUCGUCGACAUUCUUCAGCACCCAGACAAGUACGCGCAAAUCGGAUCCAAAGUCCCAAAAGGGGGGUUGUUACUUGGCCCACCGGGGUGCGGGAAAACUCUCCUAGCCUCCGCGGUCGCCGGGGAAUGUGGCCUGCCGUUCAUCUCGGCGCAAGCGAGCGAGUUCGUGCAGGUCUACGUCGGGAUGGGCGCGAAGAACAUCCAGUCUCUAUUCGCUCUUGCGCGGAAGGAGGCGGAGCAGUCGGGGGGCUGCAUUCUGUUCAUCGACGAGAUCGACUCGAUCGGUCGGGACAGGUCCAAAUCGCUGACGAACGGGGAUGGGGAGACGGGAAACACGUUAAACCAGUUGCUUACAGAAAUGGACGGGUUUCACAGCAAGGGCGAGAACAUCGUGGUUUUAGCCGCUACGAAUCGCGCAAACACGCUGGAUUCCGCACUGAUGCGGCCGGGCAGACUGGACCGGAAGAUCCCGCUGCAAACGCCGAAUGUGUCAGAGCGGGAGGAGCUGUUCGCGUUUUAUUUGAAAAAGUUCGCCUGGCGGGGGGCGGAUUUGAGGGAAGCGCUGGAAACGUCUCUGGACGAGAUGACUGGUGCGACGAAGAAGGUCGCUGUGUCAGCAGCAGGAGGCACAGGAGAACUACAGGAAACAACAUCUUCAGCCGUUGUCGACCAAACGCCAGCAAAAUCUGCGGUCUUGGACAAAGCAAGCGAUGAAAUGAAGAACUUGCUUAGCAACUACGCGACACAACUCGCCGGUGAGUACCCGGAUCUGGCGGAACAGGCGAGGGGAACAAGUGGAACCACACUAGCGCGUACGUCGGGAGAAAACAACAUCGCAACAGCAACGGCACCAUCUUCGUCCCCGCAAGGUCCAAUCAGCACCACUAAAAACGGAAAGCCAAUCGCCGUCGGCCAGCAGGUCUCUCUCGCUCUCCCGAACAUGCGCCAGUCCUUUUUCAAGCACAAUCUGCAAGACUUGGUGGGUGUCGUCGUCGGAAAGAAAACGGAGUUGCAGGUGGUCAAAUUGAACGAACAGGAGAUGUCGGCGUAUACGCAGUAUGUGAAGAAAAGCGGAGCGGAAAAUCAGAAUCACGCAGCGCCGGUGGGGGAAGUGCACCCUGUUUUGGAGGCAAAGGAAGUUGAUGCAGCAGUAACCGGUGUCUCAGCUUCUGCAACUGCAAGUGCAAACAGUGCACCGGCGGCGCCCACGACUAAACCUGCAGUUUCAAGUGGCAGCAUGAUCUCUGAGAAGGACGAACUACACAAGCAAGAGCCUCAAACGCUUGCAGUGGCAUCACCAUCAGCAGCCGCUCCUUCUGCCAAUGUCAAAACUUCUCCACCUCCCCCCACCUUCACAGUGAUGAACACCACGACAAAAACAGCGGGCGAUGGCAGCACGACCGGCACGACCACGGUUGUAAAUUCGUCAUUAGUGACGGACAGCCUCGCGAACGUCCCCUUGAAUUUGAAGCUCCAGGACCGACUGAUUGUCCAAAUCGGCUCCAAAUACUACAUCGCCGACGCGUCCGACGUGGCGCCGAUUGAGGAAAACAUGGUGAAAAAGGUGGCGCAGAAGGCCGCGCGAUUGACCACUGGCUUCACCGGUGCGACGAUCAGCUCGGUGUGCAACGAGGCAGGGAUUUUGAGCGUCCGGGAAUCCUUGGUCAAGAAGGAAGAUUUUUCAGGAGCUGCUACUUCAGGCAAAAAUAAAAAUGGAGCUGCUACGACCGAUCAAGAAAAAUCAGUGGGCGCAACAGUAACAAGUGCAAGGGCGGGGACCUCCACUAGUUCUUCUUCGUCAACAUCCCGAUACCAGGGUGUUGAACAAAAUACGAAGAGCCUAAACAAACGCAAAGCCGACUCGACACUCAGCGGAGAUACGAUUCUCCCGCCUUCUGGGACGGAGCAGAUUCAAACCGCAACUUCUGCAGUAGAUCAUGCUCUAUCAGCAACAGAAACUGCAGCAUCUUCACCACCGAAAAACAUCAAGCAGCCCCGAUGCAACAACCGGAAGCGCCUACCGACGAUCACGGAGCAGAAACUGAGAAAAGCCAUGGACAUGGUGGCCGUGGGGAACGGGAAAAGGAAUUACCGCAUCACGGAGAAGGAAAAAGAAGCCACCGCCUUCCACGAAGCGGGCCACACCGCGAUGAGUUUCUACUUGGAAAAGUCCCCCGAUCCGGUAAAAGUCACGGUUUUGCCAACCGAUACCGGGGCGCUCGGGCACAUGAUGCCAGGGGAGCCAAAGUCAGAGGUACAGAAUUUUUUUCGGACUUGUUGGUACAGACAAGAUCUUGAUCGCAGCUUUAUUUUUUGAAUCAAGUGGAUGCAAAAGUGCGCAAAAUCCUGUUGUAUAAUGAAGCCGUUUUUACGUCAUGCACCAAAUAGAAAUAGCUGCAUAUAACGAAGAUGAUCUAAUCAAUAUCAACCACAGACCUCCUCUUCCAAGGCCGAGCUGGAAGCGCAGAUUUGCGUCGCUCUGGGCGGUCGCGUCGCCGAGGAACUCUUCACAGACGAAAUUGGGACGGGUGCCAGCUCGGAUCUGGAGAGAGUCACUUCCAUUGCGCAGGACUACGUCUAUUCCUAUGGGUUCGGCGAGCACUUGCUGACUUUCCACAACAGCCAGCAGAACACCUGGUCGGAACAGACGAAGCAACAAUUAGAGCAAGAAGUGAAGGACUUGGUCAAGACCUGUUACGGGAGGACGAAAGAUAUGCUGAAAAAACACGAUUUUGAAAUCCGAAGCUUGGUCAAGGAGCUGAUUGAAGCGGAAACUUUAUAUUCGGAAGACAUUCGAAGGAUUCUGGCGGUGAAAAAGUGAGAAAGGGAUGGUCCUCGAUAACUUUAUUCACCGCACAAGCUUCUUGUAAUCCGACUGCUUAGUGUUAGUAGUCGUACGUAGCGAAACCCCAUCUUUUCGUUCCCGACCACUCAAUGUCAAUUGUAAUUUCAUCUCUGAAGGAACAACCCUGACUGUACUCCCAACAGCGAACUCCAACUCGCAAAAACCACUUGUUCCCUUACCGUUUGCAGUUUUCUAUUUCCACCUACCCCCAGUCCCGCCCGAUAAAAACGACAGAAGGAAGCGACAUGAAAGAAUGGAUGAGGAAGGGCUUCCAGUUCUGAAAU